AUGGGGCUUCUCGGCGGCUCUUGCAAAGAAAUUAUGCUCAAUGGAAUUGGAAACUAUUACGGCCCAGUUUCCUCAGGACUUUGGGACUUAUACACGUCAGGUCCCGCCUCGUGUGCAAGGCUCUGCUGUUCGCACCCAGGUUGUCGUAAAGACAGUCGACAGCGGACCUCAUAUCUACAGUUAUUUGGAAUUCUUACACGGCUUUAUCUUCGGGCUCAUGACCGACUGUUUCAAGACUCUAAGAUUAGCUCACCCACGUGUCUGGGGCAAGACUGCGGAUAUCGAGUCGUAUAACAGUAUCAAGGCCCUCCGUUCACUGGGGGUGGACAAAGUACCGUCUCCGAAGCCUAUGUACGCCAAAAUGAUGAAGUCCGGAGUCGCCAGCAUGCGCACCUUAGCAGCGCAAAACAACAACGUUCCGGAUCCUGCUGAAAUUCAGAGACUGGGACUCUGGAAGAAACGCUUCGAUGAUAUUAUCGGGCUGCUGAGGUUGGACUUUGAAGCCGCCUUUGGCGAGUAGCGUGCCGGAGGGAACGGGACUGUGAUUGAGUUGACAAGCGGUAGACUUGACAAGGGUGAA